AUGGGUGCCUGUGGAGAUAAACGGAUCGGGCCUCCAAUGUCGAUGCUCAUCCUCAGGCACCCAUUUUCAAACAAGGAGUUGGGAACGUUCUUUGUCGAAAUAGAAAUCGGCGAUCCCGAGGGGCAACGCUGGGUUUCAGUCGAGGCGUUGGUGGACACAGGCGCGUCCACUUCUUCAGUCCCUUCAUCCAUCCUCAGCAGUUUGGACGUGAUUGCCAGUCGACAAAAGAGGUACCGAUUCGCCCAGGGCGAGACCAGGACCAUGGGUGUUGGUCAGACUUUUAUCAGAUUGAUAGGCGAAGAAUUCAUCAGGGACUUUAUCUUCAAUGAAGAGGGCACGAUUCCCUUGCUGGGCGCUCUGGCCUUGGAAAGCGCUCACUUGGCGGUUGAUUCACACGGCAACAGGUUGAUCCCUGAAGACGGCAUUCUGUUGUGA